AUCACUAGUCGAAGCCGGCUUUGCAUUAUUUCUCCGGCAAGCCGUGCGAGAAACACGCGACCGAUGUACAAGCGGUUCACUUAUUUAUCGUGGCCCCAAGCAAACUGAUCGUGAAACAUGUUGUGAAUUUUUCACGGGGAAGAUCGUUCUCUAGCCUCUUCUCCCGCCCUCCAGUCUGCUAGAUCCCUUUAGAAAUUUCUACAAAAGGCGUAACACCAGCAACCUCGAUUCUCGUUUAAAAAAUUGAAAGACUAUUUCUCGUGGCUCGAGUGUAUUCUCGAAAUACGUUGGUACAACGGUGUACAAGAUGUUGUCUAUGUUGCUGGUGCUUUUACUCUUUCGUCAAUUCUCGCCCGCCAUUGGAUUCAACAUCCUCGGAAUUUGUCCUAGCGCGAGCUACAGUCACCAGCAACCCUUUCAAGCAUUGAUGAAAGCUUUGGCGGCUCGUGGACACAACGUUACCGUGAUAUCAACCAUUCCGUCAAAGCAAGCGAUCAAGAACUACGAAGACGUCGAUCUGUCGUUUUCCUAUCGGAAGAGAGACUGCACCGGACUAAGGCACAUGGGAGCGUUCACCCUUCUGCGGAAGAACAUGCGAGAGGCGAACGAGCUUUGCGAGGAGCAACUGUUCAGCCCAGCCAUCGAGCACCUAAUUUCGAGGAAUAAGAGCUUCGACGCGGUUGUUAUAGAACAGUUGUGGUACCAAUGCUACUACGCCCUCGUCAAGCAUUACGAUUCACCGGUUCUAAUUGGAUUCCUGAGCGUUGGAAACCUACCAUACGUUAUGGACUCCGUUGGAAAUCCAGACGACCCGCUGUUGAACCCCGACAUGGCAUAUCCAUUCACGAAUAAAAUGAGCCUGAACGAGCGUAUCUGGAACAUCGUCUAUACAACAUGGACCAGAAUGUACUAUAAAUACUGGCAUUUACCGAGGGCUCAGGAGAUCGUUAACAAGUGGAUGCCUGACGUUUCGAUCGAGGACAUCGACAGAAACUUCAGUCUAGUGAUAUUGGGAAACAAUCACGUAUUCGGAUAUCCGAAACCGCUGCUGCCAAAUGUAAUCGAGGUUCACAGUCUCCAGAUCACGGAGAAAAGGGAAACCUUGCCCAAGGACAUCGAAGAAUUCCUAGACAAGGCGGAGCACGGGGCGAUCUAUUUCUCCCUAGGCUCGAAUCUGCAAACUCAUCAGUUGCCAGUCGGCCCUUUGACCGCAUUGUGUAACGCGCUCAGCUCGCUCAGGCAAAGAGUUCUAUGGAAACACUCCGGAGACAUGGCCAUUCAUCCAGCCAACAUCAAAUUUGUGAAGUGGGCACCCCAGCAAGCGAUUCUCGCACAUCCGAAAUUGAUGGUCUACGUGAUGCAAGGUGGAUUGCAGUCGUUGCAAGAGGCAGUGUACUAUUCCGUGCCGGUAGUUGCCAUUCCCUUUUUCGGGGAUCAACUUUUCAACGCGCGUAAAAUUGUGGAUGCUGGUAUCGGGCUUACGUUGAACAUCGAUACCAUCACCGAAGAGUCCGUCGUCCGGACUCUGACUGAAGUCAUAGAGAAUAAAACAUACUACAACAAUAUCAAAGAGAUGUCGGAGAUUGUAAAAGAUGAAUUGAUAAAGCCAAUGGACCGAGCUAUAUGGAAUGUGGAGCACGUCAUCAAAUUUUCCAAAUCGAAACAUUUGCGUUACUACGGCCAUGAUAUAUCGUUGAUAGAUUACUAUGGAACGAUAGCGAUUCUCACGUUGCCCUUAUUUUUGAUAAUAUACUACGCUUGUUUCGUGCUUAGUAAUUUGAGAGACAAGAGAAAAUGUUCUUCGUUCAAUUAUAUGAAAGAUCGAAUUAAAUUCUUUGCAAGAUCAAAAGUGGAAUAAUUACGAUAUCUUUAACAAGGCAAGAUAAUUGUAAGCUUAAUUAUCGUAAUAAAUUUGAUUCAAUAAUGUUUGAUUAUGGUUAAAUUUUCAAAUAAACAUUCUUAAAAUACUUUGUAAUAGUUACACUUUAUUCACCGUUGUUAAAACAUUUAAAACAUCUAGUUUCAUGAUUCGUAACUUUUAGAGUACCAUCGAUUAUUAACCAGGGGAAUAGAAUUACCAUUGUAUGGAAACCUUAAACUGUAAUAUCGACUGUCAAUUAGACGACAGUUACGUUGAUCGAUUCUGUUCACAAGAUUGAUCGUUAAUUGUAUUUUUUAAAUACGAAAGAACCAUUGAAACCUUGUCGAAAGUUGGAUGCAAUACGCGAAGAAUGAGAGGGAGAGAAAGAAGAAAUACGUAAUCCUUCCUUCGCAGGAGUAAUUUAUUGCGAGCAAUAAAAAGUUCGUUCGUUUCUGAAAAGAUGUCGCUGUAUUGUUUUGACACAUAAUUGUUUCUUAAUUUUAUGAAUUUUUACAACCACAUCGGACAACUUUAUUUCCAUAGCAGUGGAAAUUAACUUAGAGUUAAACAAAAGAAAAGCAAGGAUAAAGGAUAAAAUGCGUCCCACACAAAAUUAACUAUUACAUAAAAUAUAGUACAUUGCACUAUGCUAUAUUAUAAUAAUCAAGGCUACCUAAUCACAAAUCUAACUCAAUUCAAGAACAAUCUACCUAGCAGUAAAAAUUUAACAUAAACGUAUACCAUGUACCGAACUGUAGAUCUAAUUGAACCUACCUAUCUAUAAGAAGAGAAUUCCACCUACAUAGAUAUGUCUUUACCUCUGAAGAUUUCGAACUACCUUUGAAAACUUUGAAUAUCUAACACAAUAUCCAUCUAUCUAAUAAUAUCUAUCCUGCAAAGAUUUCCGAAACAAUUAAAAUCGGCGUAGUUUAAAUCAGAUAUAAGAUCUGUUACGUAUACAUUAAACGAUAUUUCUAUAAGCCCUA